AUGCUACCAAUUUCUUCUCCCGCGGCCCUGCUCCUGCUCUCGCCGCUCCUGUCUGUCGCCGCCCUCGUCACUCGACAAGUUCCCAUGACGGCCGACAUCUUCCACCUAGCAGCCUGCUCAAACCACUCCUCAAUCCUGUACUUCGCCGACAACACCUCUCCCCAUCCCGCAACCCCCCCAACCGACACCUACACCCUCCCACCCACCGAAUGGAAUGAAACCUAUACGAGAGGCUUAAUCCUCGAGGACUCAUUAAUCAUCACUAUAAACGCUGAUGCGUACACCAAGCCAGUGGAUGAGAAAAUCGGGAGAGCGAUGUAUGCUGAUAUUGAGAGCUGUAAGGAUACGGGGUAUAGUAUCUUAAAUUGCUUCAGGGGCGCGGAGGAGGUGGUUUGGGAUGGUGAUGGAGAUGAAUGCGUUGGGGAGUUUUAUUGUACUAGGGCCAUGCAAGCUGUUUGUUAG